GAUCGGCUUGCAUUUUACUCUUAUCAUUCAAAUGAUAACGUAAUUCUUUUGUGAUUGUAGAUAACGAGAAGUGUCACUGAUUAUUCUAAUAUUUUUCAAGAAACGAUGCCAAGUUUAAUCCUAAACAAUAUCCGUUUAAUUAAAGUUACUCUGGGAAUUCUUCCUUUCGUGUAUAUCUCUGUAAACAAAUGUUAUUUGGGCAAGAAAAAAAUCAACGUUUUUGAACAUUACCUUGACACUUUGACAAAAGCACCCAAAAUCCUUCGAGUGUAUUUCACGUUCACAGAACAACGUUAUAUUUUCGUUUUACAUUUUCCAUCGUACUGGCUAGCGCAACUCCUUGCGCAAGCGUAAAUGCGCGAUCAAUUAAUUUACCACUACUUUUUUUUUCCCCUUCUGAGUUUAUCGAUUAUAGUUACUUCAGAACUCUUAGUUGUCCUAUGGUGAUGUUAGGGAACUGCUCGAAGUUUGGAAUAGACGAGUAUAAAACAUGAAAUCUAAUGUUCAAGAGAAAUUUGAAAAAAAUAAAGUUCACAUUACCUACGAAGAUAAUUUUGAAUACAUAAUAAGCGUGGCCCGAUAUCUUUUGAAAAUGGUCGCCGCCUGGCCGCUCGAUGACAAUGUUUCUACAUCCGAAAGAAUUUACAAAUACUGCAUGAACGUUUUUCUUUUCGCUUUGAUAAUAUUCUUUUUUGCACCCAGCGUACUAUACGCGAUUUUCAAGACAAAAUCCACAAGAGUUAAAAUCAGAAUCAUUAGCAUGAUUUUAAUGAAUUUCGCAAAUGUUAUCAAAUAUAUUUUUUUAUUGAUGCAUAAUAAAGAAAUAAAAAUAUGUUUGUACGAGACAAAAGAGGACUGGAAAAAUAUUAUAUUGCGGCAGGAUUAUGAGAAUAUGUUAUCUCGAGGCAAACUUGGAAGAUCUUUGGUGAUACUGUCAACUUGCUUGAUCUAUGGUGCAAGUUUAUUUAACCGUGUGAUAAUACCACUCACCAAAGGGAACAUAAUUGUAAACAAUGUUACGAUAAGACGAUUGCCUCUUCCAAGUUAUUACAUUUUUUUCGACGUGCAGAAAUCACCAGUUUACGAAUUCAUUUACUUCGCUCAAAUAUUUACUGGAUUCGUUGUUUUAAUCAUCGCUUCGACAGUAUUCGCUUUAACGACAUACUUUAUCAUGCAUAUCUGCGGCCAAAUUGAUAUUCUGAUAAGAGAAAUUCAGGAUAUCGAGACGGCGAACUCGGACAUUGGAAAUGCUGACAAUCUCAUCCACUUGACGAUUCUGCAUCAGAUAAAAAGCAAAAGCUUCCUGAAAAAAGUAACGGAGAUUGUACAGUACAUGUGCCUAGCGGAAAUAUUUUUUUGCAUGCUCAGUAUUUGCGUCGUCUUUUACGCUUUGAAUAGGGAUUAUACUUACAGCAUAAUAUCUAUAAUAGGGUAUUCGAUAAUCAUCAUAUCGUUCACUUUCAAUCUUUUCAUUUUUUGUUACAUUGGAGAACUUCUAGAUACUCAGAAUAUGAAAGUCAUAACAAUUUCAAGAACGCUCGGCUGGCAUAAUCUCCUCCUUAAAUCUGUUAAAAAUUUGAUAAUAGUAAUACUUGUAGCGAAUGAUCUACAGAAGUUGGUACCAGGCAAGUUUGUGCCUCUGACAUUAAGUAACUUUACUACGAUGUUUAAAACAGCUAUCGGAUACUUCAAUUUUCUUCGAAAUACUACUUCGUAG